UCAGCCCCGGGCCGCCGCGGUCACCCCUUGCCGCUGCCGCCGCCGCGGGGGACUGAGUGCCGUGGCCCCUCUCCCUUGCCGUCUUUUCCGGCAGUUGGUGCUUUUCCAGCGGUCCUCUCCCGCAAAGACUCCUCGGCCCCGACCGCAGAGCGCCUUGCGCGUCGCCUUCCCCCGUCUGAGCGAAGGGCUGCCGCCGCGGGGGCUGCGCCUCAGCAGGUCGAGACCACUGGCCCGGCGGGCGUCCUCGGCUGUCGGCCGCUGCCCCGCCUCCCCGGGGCUCUGCCAUGGCAAUGACAGGCUCCACACCUUGCUCAUCCAUGAGUAAUCACACCAAAGAAAGAGUGACAAUGACCAAAGUGACACUGGAGAAUUUUUAUAGCAACCUUAUCGCUCAGCAUGAAGAACGAGAAAUGAGACAAAAGAAGUUAGAAAAAGUGAUGGAAGAAGAAGGCCUAAAAGAUGAAGAGAAACGACUCAGGAGAUCGGCACAUGCCCGAAAGGAAACAGAAUUUCUUCGUUUGAAAAGAACGAGACUUGGAUUGGAAGAUUUUGAGUCCUUAAAAGUCAUAGGCAGAGGAGCAUUUGGUGAGGUGCGGCUUGUUCAGAAAAAAGAUACAGGGCAUGUAUAUGCAAUGAAAAUCCUCCGUAAAGCAGACAUGCUUGAAAAAGAGCAGGUUGGCCACAUUCGUGCGGAGCGUGACAUUCUAGUGGAGGCAGACAGUUUGUGGGUUGUGAAAAUGUUCUAUAGUUUUCAGGAUAAGCUAAACCUCUACCUAAUCAUGGAGUUCCUGCCUGGAGGGGACAUGAUGACCUUGUUGAUGAAAAAAGAUACAUUGACUGAAGAAGAGACUCAGUUUUAUAUAGCAGAAACGGUAUUAGCCAUAGACUCCAUUCACCAACUCGGAUUCAUCCACAGAGACAUCAAGCCUGACAACCUUCUGCUGGACAGCAAGGGCCAUGUGAAACUUUCUGACUUUGGCCUUUGCACAGGCCUGAAGAAAGCACACAGGACGGAGUUCUACAGGAAUCUGAACCACAGCCUCCCCAGUGACUUCACUUUUCAAAACAUGAAUUCCAAAAGGAAAGCAGAAACCUGGAAAAGAAACAGACGUCAGCUAGCCUUCUCUACAGUAGGCACUCCUGACUACAUUGCUCCCGAGGUGUUCAUGCAGACCGGGUACAACAAGCUCUGUGAUUGGUGGUCGCUUGGGGUGAUCAUGUAUGAGAUGCUCAUCGGCUAUCCACCUUUCUGUUCUGAGACUCCUCAAGAGACAUAUAAGAAAGUGAUGAAUUGGAAAGAGACUUUGACUUUUCCUCCAGAAGUUCCCAUCUCUGAAAAAGCCAAGGAUCUCAUUUUGAGAUUCUGCUGUGAAUGGGAACAUAGAAUUGGAGCCCCUGGAGUUGAGGAAAUCAAAAAUAAUUCUUUUUUUGAAGGUGUUGACUGGGAACAUAUCAGGGAGAGGCCUGCUGUGAUAUCUAUUGAGAUCAAAAGCAUUGAUGAUACUUCAAACUUCGAUGAGUUCCCAGAAUCUGAUAUUCUUAAGCCAACAGUGACCACAAGUAACCACCCUGAGACUGACUACAAGAACAAAGACUGGGUCUUCAUCAAUUACACAUACAAGCGCUUUGAGGGCCUGACUGCCAGGGGGGCAAUCCCCUCCUACAUGAAAGCAGCGAAAUAGGACCCUUGUCGUGGCCUCCUAAAUGAGCGAGGUCUUUGUGUUCGUCACGGUUUCCCACCACACUCUAAAGAGCCUCCAGGCGAUUCAUGGUACCCAUCAGUAUGUCAGAGCAGCCUCCCGAAGUAUGGUAGGAAGCGGAUUUUCUUCCAUCACGUGUCUAAAACCUGCUGGAACAGUGACAACCAUUUUUACAACAUCAGCCAUAAACAGCUUUCUUGCUUCUUUAGAAGCAUCAUGAGCCAAUUUGAUAGGUAUUUUAAAAAAGAAUUUGGAUUUUCCUAGGUUUAUGUGAACAAAGGGAAGAAACAGCCAUCUUCCAGACUUCCUGAGUUUACGUGUACCCGCUGAGUAUCAACCAGCCCUGUGGUAGAGCCACAUGCUAUCUGCCAAGCCCACCAAGUAUUUCUUAUUACAGCUAAAGGUUCCACAGUACUAAGGAAAUAAAGCAAUAAGGAGCGCCUCAGCAACCAGCACCAGCACCCUGGCUGAGGGAAUCACCAGCUACACCGGGGCAGGCUCCCGGGCCGCGGCCGAGCAACAAAUGGCUUUGCACAGCCUCCAUUUGUUCGUGGUGCACUUUAUCUAUGCUAAGGUACAGCCCCUUCGGUCCCCUGCCUAGCUCACGCUUCCCGCCUACCUAAAGGACUUGCACCGCCCUUCUGAGUGUCCAGGGGGGAUAUCAUUUCUUAGAGGCCCAGAAACCUUCGGACACUGCCGAGGAGUCUGGUUUGCGUGCGACCCCUCACUUUCUCUCGAGGCUCUAUAGAAAAGCCCUAAGGCACAGUCGUGGACCAGCAGGACCUGUCAGUACUGCCCACAGGAACUCAACAGAUUCCUGGGAAGACAGCAGCAAGGGGAGCCCAGAUAGAAGUGGAGCCCCGCUGCCUCUUGGCCUUCCCAAGAAUGGUGAGGGAAGAGCCAGGUGGAGCUGCGCCAGCAGACAGGUCCUUGGUCAGCCGCUUUUUAUCUCUCCUCUUGGUACUUGUCCUCCCCCAACCUUGAGUAGCCAUUUUGCCUUGGAAUCAUGAUCAUGAAGUUUUCCUUUGCAGACAGAUGCCUUCCUGGGGGAGCUCUCCCAGGGCUAAAGGGUUGCCUGCAGCUUGUGCUCACCAGGCCUCUCCACAAUGGUGGUCUCUCUUGAGACCAUCUGAAUUUUAGCACAAGUGCCUUCUCUGUCACAGCUGCCACCACCUUUAGGGGAUUUUGCUGCGUCAGAAAAACAUAAAGGUUCAAUAUUAAUACAUCAUCAGUUUUAGUUUUAAGUUUUGAAAGAUCCUAAAAGCAUCAUUUGCACCGUGUGGGAACUGUGUGGCCUCUCACGGGCAGGCCACGGCAGGAGACGCUUCCUGUUCAACGGCAGGAUGCGAUGAUCCACUCUGAAGGGAAAGCAAGCCCCAGCUUAACCAUUCAGACAGUGUCGGUCACUGUGAUAAGUGAAACUGCUUUGGGGUUUAGUGUGUUAGACAAAGAAGAGUAUUACGGAAGUCUUGACUGGAUAAACAUAGGUUUGCCCCUUAAGCUUCAUUCAGAGCCUGUUAGUGGAAAGGAGAUGUUUUGUGUAACUUCACAGUCCUUGUAUUACCAAAUAGCUGGGGUGCUGGCCCCGCGUGUUCUGCAAGAGUGUGGUUAGCAUGGUAGAGAGGAGCAGUAGUGCUAGUGGCUGUUGGGGUGGGCAGGGGAAAGUGCCCACAUUUUAACUGUAAACUUCUGAAUAAACUCUGUGAAAACAGUA